AUGCCUUCUACUAUAAAGAAUAAAAAGAGGGAAAUAAUUGAUUUUACUAAGAUUGAACUAGAAAAAGAGAAUAUUUUGCCGCUGCGACAAGGACGAUCAGCUGAGCAACUUACAAAAGCUUUAGAGGCUGAUGAAAAAGAGAAGAAACGAAUAAAGAAGUAUUAUGAGAGACGUCUUAUUGAUGAAUUAGAUACAUUUGAUGACCCUUUGGCGUUACAUUUGGAGUAUAUCAAUGCCAUUAACAACUUAUAUCCACAAGGUGCAUCAUCAAAACAAAGUGGAAUGUUAGAGAUUAUAGAACGAUGUUUAAUGCAAUUUCAAAAUUCCGAAAAAUAUAGGAAUGAUAUACGAUAUUUAGAGAUGUGGUUAUGGUAUAUUGAGAUAUUUUUUCCUGAUGAACCCCAGGAAGAACAGUAUAUUUUUGUCUUUAUGUUAAGAAACAAGAUAGGAUCUGGAUUAGCUCUAUUUUAUGAUUCCUUUUCUUCACUCUUAAUCGAAAUGAAGAGAUAUGAUGAAGCAGCACAGUUACUACGGUUGGGAAUUCGUGAGCAUUCAAAACCAGCCUAUUUGCUGAUAAAUAGACUUCAAAGCUUAGAAUGCGAAUUAUUAGAUAAGAACAUUCCCCUAAAUGAUAAUUUGCCCUUAGAAGCGUAUUUCACCAAUGUGAACGAUCCGCUGAUACUUGGAAGGCACAAAACAGACAUCAUAACGAGUAAUUCUGCCAAUAGAGACGAUUCUCCACGUGACAGCUGGAAGGAAACCUUGCAAUUACAUGAAGACAUCUUCCAAGAUGAACCAGUCGAAGUGUCUAAUAUAUUUGAAGAUUAUAGGAAAGAUAUUACUGCAAAAUUGGAACCGAAAAGGGCUAGAAAUAAGGAAAAUAAGAUGGGAUCGAUAGCUUUAGAAGCAAAUAUUAACCUUGGAACAUUACCUCAAGACGAAUCGUCUGUUGUGACGGACAGAUUUAAAGACAAAAUUCCAAUAUAUACAGACCACUUCGGAAGGACCGAACCUGUUUAUAAAUACAUUGAAACCAUAAAUAGUAAAGCCGAAAAGAUUGAUUGUAACUUUGGGUUAUUCUAUGAGGUUAGCGGGAAUGAGUAUUGUAUCGAAGAAAUUUUAGCUAUUUCAAGAAACUUAUAUACUAGAGACAAAGUAGCAAAUUCUGGAAGGGCAACAGAAAGCGUUGAGUUGCCGACAAGAAAAAAAAAUAAAGCUAGAACAAUGAUACAACGGCGACAAAGGAAAUAA